AUGGCUGUGACCAACCAACCAGGCAGACCCCCCCCCCCACACACACACACACACUUCCAGACCAGGUUGUGUGAUUGCUUUGAUAACUGUGGUAUUUGCUGCCUCGGUCUGUGCUGCUGUCUGGGCUGCUCCAUCACCACUGACAUGUGCUGUCUGUGUGGUCUAAGAAUGGCCAUGUGUAGCGUCUACAGGACCAGAUACAUCAGUGGCUCACUGUGCAGUGUUUUCAUGGUGAUGCUGUGCUGUCCACUCUGCAGCAUCUGCCAACUGCAGCAGGACAUCGAUCGCAGGAACGAGCUGAUGAUAUUCUGAACAUGUGCAGGAGUCUCAACAAAGGCUCCCACAUGAACAAACCUCCUGCAG